AUGGCAUCGAUCGUCGUCGUCGCCGUCCUUGUCUCGCUGCUGCUACUGCACGCUGGCUCGGCGCGGGCGUCGCUCUGCCACGGACCGCCAACUCUCGUGCCUAUCGACGGCCAGGAUCGUAGGGAGGGCGUGGCGAGCGCCGCAGUGAACGCACUCGUGCGCCUUCAUGGUCGGGACCACGUGUGCACGGGCUGGUUUGUGGGCAGCCAAGGCCACCUGCUCACGGCGCACCAUUGCGUUCAUGGCGCCGAUACCGCUGCCAUCGUUCUCGAGGUCCACGACGGUUCGAUCGGUCGCAUGUACACCGGUGUCGACAUCGUCGCAGCAUCGGAAGCGCUCGACUAUGCGCUAAUCAAGUCGCGGGAUGGCACCUUGCGUGGGCGCCACUACUUGGUGCUGCACCACGACACCACGGACCUGCUCGGUCGUUCUGCGAUCGUUCUGCAGUUCAUUGACGGCACGUCGCCGCCGUCCAUGUCCCGUGAUGGCCCGAUCCUUACGACGACGUACACUGGCUGCGAUCGCGGUGGCCGUCUCGGGUACGCGCUCUCGACCAAAAUGUGCGCGUCCGGGUCGCCAAUCCUGUCGACGGCGACGGGCGCGGUGCUGGGGUUGCACACUUGUGGCGGCUGCAACACGGACCAAGGACGAUUGAACAGCGGUGUCGCUGCCACCGACAUCAUUGCCGACUUGAAGAUGCAACAGGCGCUGCCCCCAGCGGCGCUGGCAGCGGUGGGGCCGAGGGCCGAAGUGCCGCCCAUAACGACAACGGUCGAGGUGCGUGGCACACUCGUCCACGAGUCGGGCGCGCCGUCGGUCGACACGAUGCUUCUCUCGGUCGCGACGCCGGGUCGGCUCCGCAUUGAUGUUGCUGCGUGGACACAGGACGCCCAUGGUCGGUGGUCCGACGUCCGAGGCGACUGCGAUGGCUCGUAUUUCGACUCGAAAGUGAUCCUCGCCUCCGUCGACACCUCCGACGGCCGCCCUCGCGCGUUCGUCCUCGUCGAAAACGACGACGAUAGCGGCAAACAUGGAGCUUCCGACGGCUCCAUUAGCGCCCGGGAUGCGUACGUCGACUACUUCAUCGCCGCACCCGGCGACUAUUACGUCUUCGUCGGUACCUCGGGCAUGGCACUCGCUCUAAAGGCGCCGACCGCCAGCAACAGCAACAGCAGCGCUCUCUACGGUUGCGGCAACGUGCUCGCCGCCGCCGCCAACUACAAGGUCUCGCUCACGGCGGACGCAGGGAUGCUCGCGCGCGUCGAGACACCCCACGCGCGUUCGACGUCGCCUCCGUGCAAUCUCAUGGCGCAUGGGCCCAUGCACUGCCCCAGCCCACGCGGGGAGGGAGCCGUCGAGCUCCGGCUGCACGCCGUGGUUGCCGGGACGCUGCGUCGGACAACAUCGGCCACGUCCACCGAUCACAUUCGCCUCAACAUUACGUCGCCCGGCCGCAUUGGCAUCGACGUGGCGUCGUACCAAGAGUUUGCCAACGGGUCCAUCGCGCAGCGUGGCCUCCCAACGGUCUGCGGGCGGGCGUACGUGGACACGAUCCUCUACGUCUUUGAGCGCUACCCCGACGCUCUGAUUGCGGCGGUCGGGACUCGCCCCAUCGCGCACGUCGCAUCCGAGCGCUACCGCAGCAUUAGCACGCGCGACCCGUACCUCGAGCUCGAGCUCGGUGUCGGCGUCUACACGCUCGUCAUCGGCCAAGAGCCGCUCUCGCUCUACGAAGCGUUCCAUGCGCUGUACCCAGACGUGCGCGAGGCCAACGCGCCGCUGCUCUGCGGCCGCCCCCACCCCGUCGGCCACUACCACGUCUUCUUCCAUGUGCAGCACGCGCACAUGCUCGCGCCGCCGGCGCCGCCCGGGUCCUUUGACCAUGCGUCGUGCACGACCGAGGUCUGCGCGUACGAGAAGCUACCCUAA